UUUCAAGAUGGAGGAAAGGAAAGAGGAGGAAGAACGUGCACGACUUUCAGAAGAACUGUGAUGUUUGAAGUGACUUAAAACGAAAAAAAAAAAACCCUUCAUAAUGAAAACUAACCCAAGUGAUGUCUUCCAGAGACUCCGUCCAACAUGCGUUAAACUGUCAAGUGAACCAACGCGUUCAAAUGUACGAGAAUUACGGAAUGCUUUUGAUGGGGUUGAGUCAAGCAGCCUUGCAAAACUCACAGAAUAUUUGCUUUUUCCAUUACAACUUACGCUUCAAAGGAAUGGAAUUUCGAAUGAACUCAAACAAGAUGUGGUUGACUGUAUAGAAGUUCUUUUACGUAAAGUAAAAGUUGAUAAACUCAAUGUUUUUGAUGAUUUGUUCAACUUGUUAACAGUCUCCCUCAGUGCUAAGGAGGCGGGAAAAGUAGCAAAUAUUUCGGAGGAACUGAAGCUUAGCAUUAUCCGUUGUUUGAACAGCUUGAUUAACAGUUCAGGUCUAGUCAUUCGUAGUGUGAUAUAUCGUGAUCGUUAUCUUCCCUCUCUUGGCCAUGCUGUGUCACUGCUACUCGCAAUGGCUGAACAGGAGAAGGCAAGAAAUCUACAGGUUGCUGCUUUGUCAUGUCUAAGGAAAAUUUCAUUUUGUGAUAGUCAAUCUUUAUCUGAUUUAAGAAAUGGGGAUGAGGAGCAACAUGAUGAACUGGGAACUCCACCAGAAGAGCAUGAAAUGCUGGUUAGCGUAUAUGACAGUGCUGCUUCAACGAUGGCAUCAUUUUUGCCAGGAAUAUCUAUGGCUUUGACUAGAAUAAUAUGUGGUGACCCAACUCAAGGUCAUGUUGUACUUUCAUCUUCCAUUGAUAUUUUUGGUGAUUUGGUUUCCAUGGUGAUGAACGACAGAUACAUGGAUGAAUUAGAUAAUAGUGAAGAUGGCAUCUUAUCCAAAUUAUCUGCAUUAGUAAAACUACAAGCAGGAAGUGAAAUCAAGGAGCACCAGGAAAAAACUGAGAUGUAUCAAAAGGAGCAGCCAACAAAAACCCUUAAGGUUAAUCUCAAUGAGGAGUGGUUUACUACAACUGCAAUAAAACUGCAAGUGCUUAUUGAGAAACUUACUUCAGCUUCUAUUAGUCAUUCAAACUGGAGAGUUCGUCUGUCAGUGGUAAAACUAUGUGAAAAGAUUCUUUCUAACUGCACAAAGUCAAUGCCAAAAAGUACUUCCCUUUUGGUUGACAUUUUGGUUGGCUUCCUUGAAGAUGAAUACUCUCAGGUUUCAACGGAAAGUAAAGCAGUACUGGAAUAUAUGUCAAAAAAUGAAAUUAAAAAUGAACAAACAUCAUUUUCAUCAGUUUUAGAGGAAAAUCUCCAUUACCAGCUGACAGCACUUCCAAGAGUUAUGAGAACAGCAGAUGAUGAGAAAAAGCUCAGAACCUUAAAUCUGUUGAAUGGUUACAUAGGUCUCCUUGGUGAUAGAUUCAGCUUGUUGUUAACAUCUACCUCUCAUCUGAAGAGACUUUCUCUUGCUUUCAUACAGGUACUUGAACUAGAUGUGUCCGAUGUUGGCAUUGUUGAGAAAAAAACAUCACCUAUGCAUGAAUCAGCUGUAAUACCUUCAGACACUCACGGCCAGAACCCACUCUCCUUUCCUGCUGGAGAGGUUACUGCAGAUCAAUAUCCACGAUACCCUUUCAGACAUUUUACUGAUGAUAAAAUAAGAAAUGCCCUUUGUCAUAGCUGCAACUUACUUGGUUGUCAUGGCAACCUUGCUCUUCUUGUGGACCACUUUCUUGAUUUAUUUCAAGAAUCAGAAAUACACAGGAAGCAAGUCAUUUUAAUUCUAAAUGAGAUCAUCCUUGGCUCUACUCAAAGAGAGAAGAAAUUUGAAACAAAGUCUGGUUCAGUGACAGAGGAUUUUACAAAUUUCCGCAAUACUUUAAAAAGUCUUGUGGAGAUCCUUCUUUCAAUGUACACCUCAGAGAAAAACUGGAAUUUGUGUACCUCCAACUCAAUAGAGACUGCAGAGUACACUGGCAUUACACCUGCUAAGAAUAACACCCUUCAAGUCAGUCGAGAACCUAGAUCAAUACAUGCUUUAUCCUACAAGACUCUCAACAGCAACAUUUUCUUGACAUGCUUACUUCUGGAAGGAAUUGGAGUUUUUGCAUGCGCCCUUGGUCCGGAUUUCGACAUUUUCCUGAUAGAAACGCUUUACCUUGUGCUAUCAAAACUUGGUGACAGCAAUGCAGCAGUCAGCCGAUCUGCAUAUGGGACUCUUGUUUCUAUUUGUCAGAGCUGUGGAUACUCUUCAGUAGAGGAACUUAUAACUCAAAAUGCAGAUUACUUGGUUAACUCUAUUGCAAAAGACUUGAAGUAUGUGUUCAUCAAUCAACAAUCACCUCGUGUAUUGCAAGUUAUGUUACAGUACAGCAGUCCAGAAGUACUUGCUAUUAUUGAAGAUACUUUGAACGAUAUAUUCACUGUUUUAGACUUGUAUCCAGACCAAAUUAUGAUAUCUUUGGUGAAGGUCCUCAAUACUUUGGUGUGCUCACUUCAUAAGUGGUUUGCAGGUUACAAGAGUAAGCAACAACAAGCUGUUAAAAAGCAGCUGAUACCCAAAACUCAUUGUAGUGAAGAAAAACUCUUUCUCAGGCUGAAGGAAGAUGAUUUUGUUCAAAAAGUAAAGAAUAAUCUGCAACAAUACAUCAAGCGUAAGCGCAUUGUUUUAGGUGAAGCCRACAUUGAGGAAGAAGACGCUGCUCAAGAUAACAAAGAAUCAGAGGAUGAGGAUUUGUAUAGUACAGAUGAGAAACCUAAACUUCCUUUACAUGCUCGUUAUGCUACGCAGGUUCUGGAGAAAUGUAUCCAUUUCUUGUCAAACAGUUCUUUUGUGUUACGUAUUUUGGUUUUGGAUACAGUGUACCAUGGGGUUCUAGCUCUUAAGGAAAGGGAGAAUGACUUGCUUCCAAUGAUACACCAUUUAUGGCCCCCUCUAAUGAAUCGGCUCAAUGACAAAGACCAGGUGGUGGUUAUUAAGGCAAUAGAUGUCAUUACUACAAUGGCAGAAUGUUCAGGAGACUUCAUGAGAAGACGGGUUAUAAAAGAUGUUAUACCACGGCUCUUGACAUACCUCAACAAACAAGCUGAAGUUAGUGUUAAAGCUGGUCCAGUCUACACUCAUUCUCAGGCCUAUAAACUUCAAGUUGCCUCUCUUAAAGGACUGGGACGACUAUGUAAGCAGUUAGAGAUCAGUGAGCUUCAACUUGAUGCUGCAGCUUGUGUGUGUUCCCUGUAUCUGAGCUGUAGGCAGCCGGUGGAUCUUCAGCAGAUUGCUUUGCAGAUAUUUGAGAUAUUUUUCACUUUGGAACCAGAUGUUAUGUGGCUUAUUCUCAACAACAUGUUUUGUCCUCAAGUACCUCAACCUCCCCAUCCAAUGUUUGCAGAGGUUAAGCUUGCAGGUGUCAAACCUGAAUGUAAAGAAUUUGCUUCAAACAUCACUUCUUUGCUUCGUAAAUUAGAAGAGUAUCCAAACCCUGAGUGACAUGCAAGUUUCCUAUUGAGAACAACCAAUAAAUGCUUGUAGACAUUCUAAUAAAUAUUGUUCUAUUCUUUGAUUUUUGGAAAGAAACACAUUGUAAUAUUUUAUAACUGUAUGAUUCAAUGCAUUCAUGAUAUUUAUAUCAGUUUUUGUGUCUUCUUAAAGGAAUUUGUUCUAAAACAAGUAAUCUAGUAGUUCUAGCUGUGCUGAACUGUCUUCACGCUUUCUAUUUUGAAAGCAGAGAGAGUUCCUAUUUGUCUUGUAGCUUCGCAGUCUCCCAACAGUGACUUGAAGUCUUACUUUUUUCACUAAAUUACCGACAUGUGAAUGUCAUUCAUAUAGCUUGUGCUGCACCACUUUAUGUGUUUUCCUUUGCUGCCAUAAGUUUGUCAUGUGUUCUUGCUUUUUCUCGUAUUUUAACUGACCAAAUCAGGUCUUCCUUCAGUAGCUAAAAUAAAGAUUGAGAUCGUAAAUUAGAA